AUGUCGGGGUGUUCUAGUGGCUGCGGUGAUGGCAAUGGGUUGGACUCUCUAUUCGCUCAGCUUCGCCAACAGCAGAACAAGCCGAUCAAUCUCGAACCUAGCUACAGUUAUUACAACAACAACAGCAACGGCUUUGGCCAGCAGCCGACUCCACCUCAACAGCCGCAUGGUUACCACCAACCUUCGGUCUCGUCUCCCAUUCCUACUCCUCCAGCCCACCAUCCGCAACCUGUUCAUAGCUCUGCCAUCAUGAGUCCUGUCGAAACUCCUCAAUCGCGCAUUCCCGCUGCGGCAGGAGGUCCAUCGAAUGCCGAUCGCACAUCAAGCUUGCUCAACCUUCUCAAGUUCAGCCAGCCGUCUCUGGGAUCCGCCACUCAACCAGUACCUAUUGGCACACCAUUGCCUCACUCCCGCGAGCCCUCUAUCAACUUUGGUGGUCCUGAUGUACAAGGCCAGGUCGGCUCUCCAGGCCAUGGUCGUGGUGGGUCUGAUCUAUUGGCUGCCCUGAUGGGUGCUCAAUCCAAGCCAGCACAAGAGCCAGUACCCGAAUUCGCCAUCAAUACACAACCGGCUCCAUCCAGCUUUGGUGCUGCCCCCACCUCUCCUUCUGCCGAUACCCAAGCGUAUCUACUUCAACUCUUGAAUCAGCCGAAGCCAUCGCAAACCGACAAUACUCAGUUGAAGCCAGCCAAAAUUUUGACACCUCCGAGCCAGACUAACUCCCAAGAUGGCGUUGCUGAACUUGCUCAGGCUUUGGAGGAGGCAUCUCACCAUAUGAGCUCAAAAGGGGCCGCAGCACCGGACGCUAUGCACGCCUUUAGAAAGGAACCGGCAAAGGAAACUGUUCCAUACGCUUCACAGGGUCUUUUCACAUAUGUUAAUCCUUUCGACCAAUUAGCUGCAUCAUCACCACGCAAUCGCACACCUAAGGCCUCAACACCUGCACAGGCUUCUUCGAAUGCCCCUGCACCAGCUAUACAGAUCCUUAAACACCCGCGCCACGAUGUUCCAGAUAAGGGAAAAAAGAAUGAGAGAAAUACGAUGUCCAACUCUGCCUACGUAAAGCGGAAGCACGAACCAGUGUCACAACAGUCCUCAGCUCCGCCCACCCCGCUUCCAGACGGCCGUACCCCAGUUGAAGCUCUAAUGGGAAUUGGCGCUUCUGGUGGUAAGACCACCGUCUCGGAUGCCCUCAAUGAAAUUGGGGGUCAGGUUGAGAAGCAGGCUCAGGAAGCAAUUGCUCGUGUGGAGAGACACGGAAGUCAUACUUCAAUCGAGCAGGACCUGCGAGAUAUGCUGGCAGCUAGGACUGAGGCAGAAUUCAAAGAAACCGCUGAAGUUGCGGCCAGGGAUAUCAAGAGAGAACUUGAAAAGGAUGAGAAUAGUGGCGCUCUUGAUUCACUGCCCGUUGCCGUCGCCGACACCGUUAAGGAUAUUAUUGACGAUGCUGCCCAGGGUCAUAUCGCUGAUAGUUGGGAGAGCAUCGAUGCCGAAGACAGUCCAGCCAAGAGCGGAGAGGGAAAUGAUGUGAAAGUCUACAACUUCCCAAUGAAGCCAUGGAUUGCCAUCACUAUCAAGGAUACAGACGAGCCCCGUCCUAGCUUCCGAGAGGAAGCUGUGAUGGAUAUUGCCCGUCUGAAAAAGGAAUUCGAUCAGAUUGAUCGGACUCUUGUCACUGCAUCCGGCAACUUUAUCGUCUAUGGCAUGUCCAAGAAUGGAGGUGUCCGAAUCAUCAGACAAGAUGAUGGAAAAGAUGCUAGGCUCUUUACAGAGACUCGCGACCGUAUUUUCAGUGUUACCCUCGCGUCCUCUCCAGCUGAUCUCAGGGAGGCGAUCAUUGGAACCGGUAUUAGCGGCACUGUCUACUGGGCAGUUAUCAAGGAUGGUGAAGGGGAUCAUCUCGAGGACUCUAUGCCGGAAAUGCAUGGUUUCGCCCUUCCUCCUAUUCAAAGUCAUGACACCGAAUCACCUGGAGGUGUAUUGAAGACCAGGGCCCGGAAGAGCUCGACUCAUCCGGACUUUUUUGCUGUAGGCCGUGGAAAAUUCAUUCACGUCAUAUGGCCAUCUGUAAUCUUGAAGCAAUCCUACCUGAAACAUGGAAAGGAUCGCCUCGUUGAUACAGACAAAUACCUCAAGCAACUCUCGCUGAAAAUCAACACUGGUAAGGCAGGAAAGGAUUUCACAUUCAGUGAGGACGAUACGACAAUUGUGUCACUCGACAAAUCAGGACGUGUCAAAUUCUGGGACGUCCGUUCCUUGACAAAUCCCGAAGUUAUCAGAAAUGGAUCUCAUUCGGAGCACAUUGAAAUCAAGGAGCCUCUCAUUACCUAUACGACCACCCCAGCAAGCGAGAAGUCCUGGCCAACAUCAGUGCUGUUUGUUGACAAACUUCGCCCUUACCAAAAGGGAGGUCCAUUGAGAUAUUUGAUCGUCGGAAUGAAACAAAAUCACACUUUGCAGUUGUGGGAUCUAGCACUGGGGAAGCCCGUGCAGGAAAUUCAUCUCCCUCACAGCAAGGAAUCUGAUGCUGUCUGCAGUGUUGUCUAUCACGCUGCUACUGGUAUGAUAGUUGUGGGUCAUCCAACUCGCAAUUCGAUUUACUUCCUCCACCUAUCGGCGCCCAAGUAUAACCUACCAAAGUCUAUCACUCAGGCCGGAUACAUGGAGAAGAUUGUUACCAACAACUCUUCGGUUCUCAAGCCAGAUUCUACCGCAGUUAUCAGCGGCAUGCGAGAAUAUUCUUUUGCGGACAAAGGCACGCUCAGAAGUCUUGACAUAUUACAGACUUCGACUUUGACGCCAACUGAGGAUGAAGCACCGACGAUGUUUGAGCUGUAUGCCAUGCAUUCAAAAGGCGUCACCUGCCUGCUCAUCAAGCAGCAAGAUCUUGGAUGGACUCUGGAUAACAAAGUGGUUGGCCCUGUUGAAGCUGAAAAGGCAGGAGUUAUCUCAAUUGAUAAUCUCAAAGAGAUCUCGCCUGCUCCAGCACCCGAGAUCAAUGAGCCAUCUACUGCAUUACCGGCUACCCCAUCACAGGUUGUACCCCGCCCAGCAGCAAAAGAAACCGCAUCAAAGGAAACUUCCAAGAAAUCAACACCCCAGGAAACACCCAAUGCAGCUGCUAAGGUCGAGGAGAAGAAGGAGCUAGUAGCUACUGGAGGUGGCGAGAAAAAGAAAAGACGAAAAGCAACGGCGUCAUCAGAGGCUGUUACUGCAGGAAGCUCAUCCCAAUCCAAGACUGUUGUCCUUGACCCGUCAUCUCACUCCAGAAGUGGAAACGCGUCCAAGGCAAGUGCUACUGCCACCACUAGCUCGCGGGGUCCUUCUCAGGAUAUCAGUGACGGAGCUCUGAAGAGCAUUGAAAAUAGGCUUGCCAGCGAGGUGAAGAAGCAUUUUGGCGAAUCCCUCGACUCGCUCUAUCAAGAUAUCAAGGACGACAGGCGCACCCAGGCGGCUGUUGCCGAUGCAAAACAGGAUGCCAUGCUUCGAUUGGUCUCCAGCACACUGUCAGACAACAUUGAGGCCACACUUGGUCGAAUCGUUGCCACUAGCAUACAGAAGUCUGUUCUCCCCGCCAUUUCUGAUGUUGCACUUAAAGCCGUUAAAGAUCAACUUGGCUCGAAAAUAAAUUUGCAUCUUGCCCAGAAUCUACCCAAGGAACUUCAAAAGGCCCUCCCCGACGCCGUUGGAAAGGCUCUGCAACAGCCUCAGCUCUUGAAGCUCAUGUCUGAAUCUCUUGCAAAUAGUGUAGCGUUCCGUGUUGAGGAGCAAUUCGCUAGUCUCAUGCAGAGUGUUAUUACACCCACUUUUACGAAUUUGGCGAUCCAAACAUCGCAGAAAGUUGCAGGUGACAUUCAACGUCAAGCUGCUGACCAAAUCGACACCAUUGAACGACAACGCCACGCUGAUGGUAUCAAAAUUGAGCAGUUGACGCAGCUUGUGACAGGCUUGACUGAGACCGUUUCGUCGAUGGCUGCUGCGCAAUCCGAGUUUCAAAAGCGACUCUUGAGGCAGCAAAGUCAAUCUGGUGAAAGCCAAUAUACUACUGCUCACCGGACUGAAGGAUCCACCGUAUCCAUCAUGAGCCCCCCUAAUGUCCCCGCCGCACCGGUUCAACCGACCGCUGCGGAAGAGGAGUACGAUUCGAUGUUGGCAUCUAUUAAGAAAUCCAUGAGUGAACGCAAUUAUGAGAAUGCGGCUGUCCAGUGGUUGCAGACUCGCCGGGAGCAGGAGUUCUUUGCCAACUACUUCUCCAAGUUACACCACGAUAUCAUACGGGAUUUCCUUUGGGGUCUGAGCCCGUUAUUGCUGCUCUCAUUAGGCGCCACCAUUACUGUCGCUUUUGAGGAUCUCAACUACCAUGAGCGUGUUGACUGGAUGGAAAUGCUAAUGUUUGCGUUCGAGUCUCGGGCCAACGCUGGCGAGUUGGAUGAUCAAGUUCGCAGUCUUAUUCCAAGAAUUAUUGCCGUGUACAUCCAACGCCUCGAACAUGCACAUGCGCUUGUCAACGGACUUAGCAAAUAUGAUACUAACGUGCCGAGACUUUAUAAGAUGAUUACGUCCGCAAAACAUAUUCUAGAGUUGGGCAGCCAGCCUCGAUAG